AUGUCUUCUAAAGUGUGUGGUGUAAUUAGUGUGAUCGAUAAUAAUAUUGUCUUCGAUCACAAUUCUCAAAAAUAUACGUUUAAUGGUAAAUUAAUCAAUAACUAUUGUCCUAAUAACUGUAAUAAUGACGACGAAAAAGUUAGUUCUGCUUUUAUAGCAUUGGUAACUUUACUUAAUGGUAUUGAUGAUAAGGAAAAUAUAGGGAAUGAUAAGCUUGCUGAAUAUGCUAUUUUAUGGUUAAGUUAUAUACUAAAUCAAAAAACACAAAAUGGAACCACCAAAUUAAACGAUUUUUAUACUAAUCAUAUAAAAAAUAAUAGUCAAUAUGAUCAGUAUAUAACUACUGAUAGUGGUAAUAAGAUUAAUAAGGAUGUUAUAGAAAAAAAACAAGAUUUGAUGAAUAUGGAAAUUAAAGAUAUAUAUAAUUUUUAUGAUGUAUUUAAAUCACUAUGUAACAUGUAUAGUGAAAUUAAUGAAACAAACUACCAAUGCAAUAAAUGUUUAAAAAAUGCUGGAGAAUUUUUUGAAAAAUUUGAAAAAAUUAAUAAUGUUUAUGGUACUACUGAAGGAAGUUAUUAUUUAGAACUAUUGUCUAGUUUAUCAACUGAGUAUGAUAAAUUUAAAGAGAAAUAUCAUAGUCUUGGAUGUAAUAAUUCCUCACCACCUGUAGCUUGUCCACGAAGUUCGGUAACAAAAAAUACAUUAAUUACAAUUGCAAUUAUAUUUUUUGCAGCAUCAAUUUUAUUGGGAGUUUCUUAUAAGUAUUCGUUAUUUGGAUUUCGGAAACGACCUCAAAAACAACAUUUAAGAAAAAAGCUAAAAAAAUAA